GUUAAGCCAAUCGCUCGGGCAGACAUGGACAUGGCAGACUACAGCGAGGCCUUGGACCCGGCGUACACAACGCUGGAGUUUGAAAACAUGCACGUGCUAGCCAUGGGCGCAGACUCCUCGCCGGCUGAGAGCGCCAACAUGAGCGGCGGCGGGCACCUGACGGCGGGCAGCCUGUGCGCCAUCUGCGGGGACAGAGCCACGGGCAAGCACUACGGGGCGUCCAGCUGUGACGGCUGCAAAGGCUUCUUUCGCCGAAGCGUCCGCAAAAAUCACAUGUACUCCUGCAGGUUCAACAGACAAUGCAUCGUGGACAAAGACAAGCGGAAUCAAUGUCGAUACUGCAGACUGAAGAAAUGCUUCAGGGCCGGCAUGAAGAAAGAAGCCGUGCAGAACGAAAGAGACCGAAUCAGCACCAGGAGAUCCAGCUACGAAGACAGCAGUUUACCCUCCAUUAACGCGCUGAUCCAAGCCGACGUGCUAUCAAGACAGAUCUCGUCCCCCGCUCCCAUCUUAAAUGGGGACGUCCGCACCAAGAAGAUCGCCGCCAUCACGGACGUGUGCGAGUCCAUGAAACAGCAGCUUCUGGUACUGGUGGAGUGGGCCAAGUACAUCCCGGCCUUCUGUGACCUGCCCCUGGAUGACCAGGUGGCGUUGCUCCGAGCUCACGCCGGAGAACAUCUCUUGCUCGGUGCCGCAAAGAGGUCCAUGCUUUUCAAAGAUAUACUCUUAUUAGGGAACGAUCACAUCAUCCCCAGGAACUGCCCGGAGUUAGAGGUAGGCCGGGUGGCUGUAAGAAUCCUGGACGAGCUGGUGCUUCCCUUCCAAGAGCUUCAAAUCGAUGACAACGAAUAUGCGUGCUUGAAGGCCAUCGUCUUCUUUGACCCAGACGCAAAAGGUCUGAGCGACCCCGCCAAAAUCAAACGGAUGCGAUAUCAAGUCCAGGUCAGCCUGGAGGACUACAUCAACGACCGGCAGUACGACUCUCGCGGGCGAUUCGGGGAGCUGCUCCUCUUGUUGCCGACCCUACAGAGCAUCACUUGGCAGAUGAUUGAACAAAUCCAGUUCGUCAAACUUUUCGGCAUGGCCAAGAUUGACAAUCUUCUACAAGAAAUGCUUCUGGGAGGCUCUGCCAACGAAGCGCCGCACGCACCUCAUUCCCUUCACCCUCACCUGGUUCAGGAGCACCUCAGCAGCAACGUGAUUGUUGCGAGCAACAUGCCCACGCCCAUCCAUAACGGACAAAUCUCCACUCCUGAAACCCCGAUACCGUCACCUCCUACAUCAUCUGGCUCAGAACAUUACAAAAUAACUCAAGGAGUCAUAGCCACCGUCCCCAAGCAGCCCACCUCCAUUCCUCAGCCCACUAUUACCAAGCAAGAAGCCAUCUGA